GGCUGUCAUUGGCUCCAAAUUGCUGAGGUCUUUUAAGAGGACAAAGCCAUAGAUGGUAGGCCGCAACACAUUCUGGAAUUCAGCUUUUUACUAAAAAGAACACUUGAGUAACAUUCAUAAGCCCUCUAUAAAUUUGGCAAAGAUGAAUGUUAAAAGGACGAUAAGAACUUUGAAGCAUACGUGCAAUGAAACGAGUUAAUUACCUCAUUGUUGCUCUAUCACUCUACGUAAUUCGGCUGUUGUUUCUUAGCAAACCAUGCAAUGCUUUGGAGGUUAAGAUUCCUAAUUCUUUUCCUGCAAUUCUCAUUUUCGGUGAUUCUACUGUAGAUACGGGGAAUAACAACUUCAUUCCCACCGUUUCUAAGGGCAAUUACUUUCCAUAUGGUAAAGAUUUUCCUGGCUAUGUUGCUACGGGAAGGUUUAGUAAUGGAAAACUCAUGCCUGACAUGAUUGCCUCUAAAUUGGGAAUAAAGGAGCUUGUUCCUCCAUUCUUAGAUCCUAAAUUAUCAAACGAUGAUAUGAAAACAGGAGUCAGUUUUGCAUCUGCUGGCACAGGCUUCGACAAUCUAACCACCGCUAUUUCUAAAGAAAUUUACCAUCUUGGAUGUCGUAAUAUUGUGGUCGCUGGACUCCCUCCAAUUGGUUGUCUUCCCAUUCAACGGACCCUAUCAUUUAAAGAUCCUCAAAAUCGAAAAUGUGUAGAAUAUCAAAAUUCAGAUUCAGAAGCCUAUAAUCAAAAGCUUUCAGAAUUGUUGAAAAAUUUAGAGGCUCAACUCUCCGAAAGCACAAUUUUGUAUGCUGACAUUUACACCCCACUCAUGGACAUGAUCAAUAAUCCUGACAAAUAUGGUAAGCCUGCAAAUAUUUAG